AUGGACGCGGACGCGGAAAAGGUCGCCGAGAAAUGUUCGCGGAAAAACGUUCGGCGCGAGGCCACGACCGUCUGGCAACGGCUGGUGUCGUACAUGUUCGAGCCCGAAGACGGAGAGUGUCUGGCCGCGUUGCGCAUAGCUUUCGGUCUGCUGAUGAUGAUCGACACAAUGGACGAACGAGGUUUUUGCCAGGCCGAAAAACGAUGGAUGGAACCUAUGAAGUGCUAUUUUCCACUUUUCGACUUUGUCAAACCACUGCCCGGCCGAUGGAUGUGCCUGGCGUACGUGGCAAUGUUUUCCGGAGUGCUCGGCGUGUUCACCGGCUUCCACUACCGAAUCAGUUGUGCCGUGUAUGCGAUCCCUUACUGGUACAUAUUUUUAGCCGAUAAAAGCUCGUGGAACAACCAUUCAUAUCUGUUCGGACUGCUGAUCGUGAUUUUCUCCAUGACAGAUGCUCAUCGCAACUGGUCCGUGGACAGAUGGCUUCGGCGAAAAACGCAGUUAGAUGCGCCAUCGUCGGUGCCCCGUUGGAACUAUCUACUACUCAGGAUACAGUUUUUCAUCAUGUACUUUGUGGCUGGCCUAAAGAAAUUCGAACCCGAUUGGCUGUGGGGUUACUCGAUGAUGUCGUUGGGUCACCAUCACGCUUUCACCCCAUUCAGGUACUUUUUCUCAGCUGAAUUCAUAGAUCAUUGGAUAGUGCACGUCGGAGGAUUUCUCAUCGACUUGUUGUCAGGAUUCGGAUUGUGUUUCCGAUCCACUCGACUGUUUACCAUUGUUGUACUGCUCGCUUUUCAUGGCAUGAACGCAACCAUGUUUACCAUAGGUAUGUUUCCAUACGUUUGCGCCGCGAUGAUACCGGUAUUUUGCGAUCCGGCGACGAUGUCUAAAACUUUGAGGACCGCUGUUGAAUCUGUCUGGAACGAUAAAUCCGGACAAAAUUCCUCAGUCUACAAACCACCGACAAGGACCAAACAAAACGCCAUCGUCGCAGGAGUCUGUCUGUACACAGCUUUGCAAUUAUUUUUGCCGUACUCACAUAUAGUGACACAGGGUUACAACGGAUGGCGAAACGGAUUGUACGGAUAUUCUUGGGACAUGAUGGUGUACAACGUGGACGUGGCCAAGGUACAAAUAAAGGUCUUGGACCACGUGCGCCGUGAACAAUUCUACUUGGAUCCUAAUGGCUGGACUGACAACAACAAGUGGAUGUUGCACGGUGAUAUGUUGAAGCAGUUCGCGGGGUGCGUGGCGGCUAACAUGCCUGACAGGCAUGACAACAUGUCCAUCAAAAUGGACAUCUGGGGGUCACUCAACGGCCGGUUCCACCAGCGACUGGUUGACCCAGACGUGGAUAUAUUGCACGCCCCUUGGUCACCCUGGUCACCCGUUCCCUGGCUAUUGCCAUUGAUCCGGCACUUGGACUGGUGGCGGCCUUGGAUAGUGAACGCAAAACGCAGCACCGAUGACGACUUACUAUUUUUUGCUGAUUUUCCCGGUAUGACUGUAAGGAACGUCACAGACGACCGGGAAGCGACCACCACCACGUUGGCCGUGCUCGAGGGCGCCGUGGCCGUCCAUGAAUCGUGGACGGGUAGUGGAGAUGAUGACGGGGCCGUGAGACUGGUGUCCGGCGAAGCGAUGGACGUGACUGGACGCCACGUCGUGACCACCGUGAGCGCGACGCCGUCGUGUUACGUGUUUGCAGUGACAGUGGACAGCAAAGUCGGUGGAGGCGGUGGCAGUUGCGAUGACAGUGGUGACAGUGGCAAUGGCGGAGUAUCGACUCGGCCCGCGACAGUCGUUCGAGAUCGUUCAGGCUGUUCGGAGGCUUGUUACGCGUUUGCGUUCCACGCCAUAAGAGACGCGUUUUCCGCUUUUUUUCCCCAAACCGCCGUCUGACCGCAAAUGGUUUCAACGUAACUUCUCGUGGUGUAUAACUAAUUCUACUAGAAAUGUCGGUAGUUUGCCGUUCGAUCAACAUUAUUCUCACAGAAACCUAUCCAUAAUCUUUGUGCAUACCUGCCUAUUUAUUUAAAUAAAAAAUAAUAAUAUAUUUUA